AUGAGACACCAGAGUAAAGAAAGACAACAUGAACUGAUGAGACACCAGAGUAAAGAAAGACAAUAUGAAAUGAUGAGACACCAGAGUAAAGAAAGACAACAUGAAAUGAUGAGACACCAGAGUAAAGAAAGACAAUAUGAUAUGAUGAGACACCAGAGUAAAGAAAGACAACAUGACCUGAUGAGACACCAGAGUAAAGAAAGACAACAUGACCUGAUGAGACACCAGAGUAAAGAAAGACAACAUGAAAUGAUGAGACACCAGAGUAAAGAAAGACAACAUGAAAUGAUGAGACACCAGAGUAAAGAAAGACAACAUGAAAUGAUGAGACACCAGAGUAAAGAAAGACAACAUGAAAUGAUGAGACACCAGAGUAAAGAAAGACAACAUGACCUGAUGAGACACCAGAGUAAAGAAAGACAAUAUGACCUGAUGAGACACCAGAGUAAAGAAAGACAAUAUGACCUGAUGAGACACCAGAGUAAAGAAAGACAACAUGACCUGAUGAGACACCAGAGUAAAGAAAGACAAUAUGACCUGAUGAGACACCAGAGUAAAGAAAGACAACAUGAAAUGAUGAGACACCAGAGUAAAGAAAAACAACAUGACCUGAUGAGACACCAGAGUAAAGAAAGACAAUAUGAAAUGAUGAGACACCAGAGUAAAGAAAGACAAUAUGAAAUGAUGAGACACCAGAGUAAAGAAAGACAACAUGACCUGAUGAGACACCAGAGUAAAGAAAGACAACAUGAAAUGAUGAGACACCAGAGUAAAGAAAGACAAUAUGAUAUGAGGAGACAGAAAACGAAAGAAAAACAACAUUAG